AUGGCAACCCCACUGCGACACUAUGGAACCGAAAAACCUUAUUCGCAUCCCGAACCGGUGACGAGGCGCCAGUUCGGCAAGGACGUGUUGCAAGACUUCCUGAUUGAUCCUAAAUAUCGGAAUAUGAAUCAUGGCUCCUUCGGCGUCAUCCCCCGCCCUGUCCACGCCGCCCGGCGCUACUACCAGGACAAGUCGGAGGAGCGCCCCGACGUCUGGAUCCGGUACAACUGGUCACAGCUCCUGGAAGGGUCCCGGGCAGCCGUGGCGCCGUUGCUGGGCGUCGACAAGGAUACAGUCGUCUUUGUGCCCAACGCAACAGUGGGCGUGAACACCGUGUUGCGUAACCUGGUCUGGAAUGAUGACAAAAAGGAUGAGAUCUUGUGCUUUGACACAAUCUACGCCGCCUGCGGAAAGACCGUUCAGUACAUGAUCGAGAUUUCAAGGGGCCAUGUGUCUAGCCGCUCCGUUCCGCUCGAGUAUCCCCUCACGGAUGACGAGGUUGUCGCGCUGUUCAAGAAGGCCAUUCAGGAGUGCCGGGCGGCGGGGAAGCGCCCUCGCGCGGCUGUCAUUGAUACUGUCUCGUCCAUCCCUGCCGUGCGCCUCCCAUUCGAGGCUCUCGUGAAGGUUUGCCACGAGGAAGGCAUCCUGUCCAUAGUCGACGGGGCGCAAGGAGUGGGCAUGAUUGACCUCAAGCACCUGGGAACUCAGGUCAAGCCCGACUUCUUCAUCACAAACUGCCACAAGUGGCUCUUCACGCCGAGGGGCUGUGCGGUACUGCACGUUCCCAAGCACAACCAGCCCCUGAUGCGGUCAACGCUGCCUACCAGCUGGGGUUGGGUGCCGUCUGGGGAGGGCGACCCGGAUUUCAUCGCCAACUUCGCCUUCGCCUCUACGCUGGACAAUUCGAGCUACAUGUCGGUGCAGCAUGCGGUUCAGUGGAUCCGGGAAGCGCUGGGAGGAGAGGACGCCGUCAUCGAGUACAUGACGAGCCUGAACAAGAAGGGCGGUAAAAUGGUCGCCGAAAUGCUUGGGACAAGAGUACUGGAGAACGCCGAGGGGACGCUCACGAACUGUGCAAUGUCCAACGUCCUCUUGCCGCUUGGCAUCAAGGGGAGAGAAACCUCCGCCAAGGUUCUCGUCGACGAAGAAGACGCAGCUGGGUUGGGAGAUUGGUGUCAGAAGACCUUGGCGAGCGACUACGACACCUGGGUGCCUGUGAUUUUGAUCAAAGGGCAGUGGUGGAUAAGGAUUUCGGCCCAGGUGUACCUGGACGAGAACGACUAUGAGGCCCUGGGCAAGAUCUUCUUGGAACUUGUGGACAGAAUUGGCAAGGGAGACCACAAGAAAUAG